AUGCCGAAUUUGCAACAGUAGAUCUCCGCUAAAGCAAAUUGUAUGCAUAUUCAUUAUUAAAAUCAAUAGCAAUUUCUCAUUAUCCUUUAUUAAUCCCUGUUGGGAUUUAUAUUUUUAUAUACUAUAAUUUAACAACUUGUUGGAGGGCCAUUGACAAAAUAUUAAAUUCCUAAUCUGAAAAUCCCCAAAAUAAAGUUAAUGAUGAAAUAUUUUGAGUAACAUUUCUUAAAUAUAUGCCAUUUAUUGAUAAAAUUGAAUGCAAAGAUUUAGCUCAGCUGA